CUUUAUUGGAAGGCUCCUUUUUACAUAGGUUGUGUUGAACUUUUUCUCGGUUCCUAAAGAGGAUUACAGGUGUUUUCCUAUCGGACAGCUUUCAGGAUGCCAGACGUUGAGCCGCUCAGAUUCCCUUCAAGGGAAGAACGACCAACACAACAAGAUCAAGCAGACCUCCAAGGCGUCUGCUCUGGUCGACGUCGCACAUGUGCCUUGCUCAACAGUCCCUCGCCAUGUGUCAACCGUGCUAUUUACCAUGUCCAAGAGCUGAAGAUCACAGUGGAGAAUUGGCUUCAACAGUCUGGAAAAUAUCUGAUUGAUCAAGACACACACAAUUACAACAAAGCUUUAAGAUUUCAGUCCAGAGACUCUGAUACUGAUUCAGUGACGUCUACAGAGUUGUUCGUCGAAGGCAUCGCAAUAAGUGCAAGAGAAAGUUGCCCUUUAUCGCCAUUAUUGAAGAAAAUAAAUGAUGUCCUUGGAGAGGUUGUGUAUCUGAUCGAGCGGCUGGAGGCUGAUCGGCAGGACGCAGAAGAAGCUCUCCUCAAGGAGAAGAGAAGAAAAAUAUAUCUGGAGAACAAAGUUAACAGCAUCUCACUAUGGAAACAACAACAGCUCGCUUUUCUAGUGCAAAAAGAGCUUGAGGCUUGCAUUAAAGACAUCACUGCACUGAAAUGGCAACUUAAACUGGAAAGAGAACAACUUAACCAAGCCCAGGAGAAACUUUCACACACUGAGAUUUGUAACCAGAGCUUACACGAGGACAUACACUUUGCUAAAAAACAAACACCCAUUGUGAAGGAAAACCUAGAACUCCAGAGAGGCAUCAUCAAACAAAUCAACAUCGCACAAGCUGAGGCUGAUGAAGUUUACUCCGAAACACAAAAUGAUCUCACACUUGUGCAGAGGGAAUUAAAAAAGAUGGAGCAGGACGCCAACAAGGAAAAUAUAUCACUGGAUAAUAUACUGUUGGCGACGAAGAAUCAGCUCGCUAACAGAUUGGAAGAUCUAAAGCAGUUAAAGAAGGUUGAUGAAGGUCUGUGUGCUGAAAUACAGGACGCUGAAAACUCCAUUGCAGUUACAGAACAACAGUGUGCAGCCUUAACAAAACGAACCCCUGAAAUAAUGGAGCUCGAGCAAACUGAAACAGACACGAUUUUGCAGUUGAAACUUAAGAUUGGGGAUGAAAUGCGAAAGAAUAACAAAUUUAAAAAGAAGAUAAUCGCACUGCAAGAAGACAUGGAGAGAACUAGACUUCAUGGGGAAGCAGAGGUUUCCUGCACAGAAGAGCAGCUCCAUUCAAAACGUAAUGCUUUUGCAGCUCUUCGUAAAGAAAACAUGGAGUAUGAACAGAAUGUGUUGGACUACAAGAUAAACAUUACAGACAGUGUGAAGGCAGUGAAGCAGAUGCAUGAGGAGAGAAAGCAGAUGCUCCAGAAAAUCAUUGACAAUGACGAGCAGUGGGAAAAGGCCAAGGAGGAAGUGACCCAAGUUGUAGCCGACCACAGUGUCACCCAGGCUAAGCUGGAGGUGCAGGAGAAGAUCACCUUCACGGAAGAACAGAGGGCCAGGAAAGAGAUUGAAAACCUAAAGAAAGAUCUGACAGGUCAGAUGACUGCAGUGGAGCUACUGAAGGGUCAGUGUGCGACUAAAAGUGACGAAUUGUGUCGACAGCAAAGGAAUUCAGAGAUUACUAACAAAAAGCUUCAGAAAGAAUUGAAAGAAGCAUCCACAACAACAAAGGAAAUGGAGACAAAAAUUGAGAAAAUCAAGCAAUUGACAGACCAUUUAGAAAAGACUCAAUGUGAACACUCGAACACUUUAGUCAACCUUGAGAAGGAGAAGAAACUCAAAUGUGACAACCUGAAAGCGGCUCAGGAUUUACACAGUGCCACUGUAAAGAGAUAUGACGACACCCUGGGCAGAAUCACUGACCUUACAAAGAAGAGGGAUAAAUACCGGGAUGCUUCGGAGAAAAUGGAAAAAACAGUCGAAGACAUGCCAGAAGUCAUAGAAGAACUUCAAAGUGUUUUUGACGUGGUGGAAUUCAAAAACAAAUCAGCUGCGCUCGUAAUGAGCACAUUGCAGUCUGAUAUUAAUAACUGCCAACAACGAACACAGCGAUCCAUGCAGACACACACUGCUCAUGUUACAGCAAGAGAAAAGGAAAUGGAAGACACCAAGGAAGCACUACAAUUGUCCCUGAAGGAGAACAGACAGCUGGCCACUGAGUACGAAGAUCUAAAGAAGAUCCUCAUGGAGGCCAAACAAGAGGCAGUGUCUGCAUUGAACAAGAAAAACCAUGCACAUAAAUCCUUUCAUUAUUACACACAGCUCUCUUUGUUGCAGAAGAGGAUGCACAAAGCUUUGGUGAAAAACUUCAAACAACACAGCCUGUACAGCCAGGCUGAACUGGACCGGUGCCAGGCUCUUUCUCAAGACACCAACCGGAAAAUAAAAACAGCCCAGACAUUACAGGGAGCAGCCAUGUCUCAGUGGCCCAGCCUCAAAAGGCCCCAGCAGAUCACAGCUCAAAGCAGGGAGGAGUGGGGCACAGGGGGAGGAGCUAUCAGAGCGCUGCAGAGUGUGAAGGACAAAAGAGCUGGGGUAUUCAAGCGCACCACACCGUCACCCGUCACAGCUCAGCACAGGGACCAUCAGAGCAGGCAACACUCACUUUAA